AUGAAGUUACUAUUCUACGGGUUGGUUCCUAUCGCCCUCUAUGCUGUGUUCAAUUACUUGUUCCAUACCUGGUUACCAACAAAUUACAAAUUUGAUAAAGUCGUGUUGCAAAAUUUAGUACAGGAUGUAUUAAAAGACCACCCAGAUGGAAAUGCCACGGCGAUAAUGAUUGAUUUAGCACCCAGAAUCAAACAAGAAUACCCUGAUCUUGUCACUGACUUAAACUUUGAUGAUUGGUUUUACAAUAAUGCCGGCGGAGCAAUGGGUCAAAUGACAAUUUUGCAUGCAUCGAUAUCGGAAUACUUGAUCUUUUUCGGUACCGCAGUUGGAACAGAGGGGCAUACUGGUGUUCAUUUCGCUGAUGAUUAUUUUACCAUAUUAAGUGGUGAACAAAGAGCCGCUUACCCGGGUCGUUUAGAACCAGAAGUUUAUAAGCCUGGAGAUCAACAUCAUUUACCUAAAGGUCAUGUUAAACAAUACGCUAUGCCUGGUGGAUCAUUUGCGUUGGAGUUGGCUCAAGGUUGGAUCCCUGCAAUGUUACCUUUUGGUCUUUUAGAUACUUUAAGUUCGACAUUGGAUUUCUACACAUUCUAUUUGACAUCUUACUACACUGCUAAAGAUAUGAUUAGAAAUUUGUUAAACGGAAAAUUUUGA